AAACCCUAACUUGUCGCCGGGAUUUCGAUUAACAUAAUUUCUCUCUGUACACUAAAAAAAAGAAAAGAAGACUCAGAACAAAUAAAAAAGAACGAACAGUAGUGAGAGAAACUAAAAGAAAGAGAGAGAGAUGAUGAGACUCUGUGGUUGACAAACUCUUUUACACAGAGAAAACAAAAGAUAACUUAUUUUCUUUUUCUUUUCUUUUCUUCUUUUCAGUGGUACUGCUCUCUAUACUAGUUUAUAAUAUUUGGCAAAGACAGACUCUGUCUGAAGAAAGCUAAAGACUUGUGAUGAUUCUUAGCAAAAGAAGCUGUGUCGUCUUUGGAGACUUCUGAAGGGGUUCUUUUUUUUUUCUUAGAAGUGAGAGAGAGAGAGAGAGAGAUAAAGAGAGAAAGAGAGAGACAUGGUGGGCUCAGGAGUUGGAGGAGGAGAUAGAAGCAAAGAUGCUGUAGGAAUGAUGGCACUUCAUGAAGCACUUAGAAGCGUCUGUCUUAACUCCGACUGGAUUUACUCUGUUUUCUGGACCAUUCGUCCCCGACCGAGGGUCCGUGGUGGUAAUGGCUGCAAGAUUGGUGAUGAAAGUGGCAGCUUGAUGUUGAUGUGGGAAGAUGGUUUCUGCGGAGGAGGAAGAAGUGGAGAAGAUCUUUGUGUGGAACCAGACAUUGAAGGUGAAGAUCUUGUCAGAAAAGCUUUCAGCAAGAUGUCCAUUCAGUUAUAUAAUUAUGGAGAAGGGUGGGUACUGGAUUGAUGGGUAAAGUUGCUUCUGAUAAAUGUCAUAAGUGGGUAUUCAAAGAACCACCUGAAUCUGAACCAAAUCUUGCUAAUUACUGGCAGAGUUCUUUUGAUGCUCUUCCUCCAGAAUGGACCGACCAAUUCGAAUCAGGCAUCCAGACAAUUGCUGUGAUUCAAGCUGGACAUGGUCUGUUACAGUUAGGUUCUUGCAAGAUUAUUCCAGAAGAUCUUCAUUUUGUGUUAAGGAUGAGACAAAUGUUUGAAUCAAUUGGUUACAGAUCAGGUUUUUACCUGUCGCAGCUCUUCUCUUCAAACAGAACCGCGACUCCAUCUUCUUCCUUGGUUCCAAACCAGUUACCUCAGUCUCAAGCUUUUAACUGGGGAUCACACUCUCCAUUGUUACCUUCCCCUAGCUUUCAGAACCAACUACCAGCAGCAUCAGCUCGAUUCGGUUUCCUUCAAGAUAGCAAUGCACCUCCUCCUCAGAUGCUUCCUCCAAUGGAAGAACAUGAAGACGACAUCAAAUGGCCUAAUGGUUUGUCUCUUUUCAAUGCCUUGACUGGCCGUGCAGACGAAGCUAGUAGGCUUUUGUUUAACCAGGAGCAGCAGAACCCGAUGAAUGUGGAGAACCAGAACGAGUUCUUGAGCCUUGAAGGUCAUCAUCAUCAUCCUAACAAGUUUAGAAGAAGCUAUACGUUACCAGCAAGAAUGGAUUCUUCGUCAUCAUCAACCUCGCUAGAUCAGCAACCACCAGUGGAGUUUAGGAACAAUAACUCCGGAAGCAACUCAGGUUUGUUCCCUGACGUUAUCGAGACGUUCUUGAGAUGAUUGACAAGUUCAAGAUUCAGGGUUAAGGACAGAUUAAGAAAAGCUUUGGAUGCUAGUUUUUAGCUUAUGCUUUUUAUAUAUACAUGAACUCUGUUCGUUGUUUCUUCCUUGUUGUUGUUGUUGUUGUUGUUGUUGUUGUUGUUAUAUGUACCAUAUUGUCUGAUUGUUUUUUCUUUUUAUGUCAACAACUCAUUAAGCAUUUGAAGAUACUUUAAAAGCACAUUAUUGA